UUAGGCGAGGUCUACGAUGGAAUCGAGGAGCGAAUCUUCUGUUCGUCGCGAGAAUGCGUCAAAUGCGCGUCCGUAGUAGGGUUUCCGCGCGCUUCUCCGCCUUCUUAGCAGGGCAUCGCUCGAGCUUCUCCAUCGCGCGGCGGCGACGGCGGCCAGGUAACGAAUUUCGUCGCGCGUGGGAAGGGAAUGGUGCAGAGGAGGGCAAGUCGGGGCGGGAUGGCGCCAUUGUCGGCGAGAAAUCCAUUCGAUUCCGAGGAGGAGCCAUCGCCGCCUCCUGCCAGUGCGCCGUAUAGAAAUCCUUUCGAUGGCGACGAGAUUGAGCAGCAGCAGCGGCCCCGAAAGGUUACGUUUAAAUCUAGUGAAAAGUCCAACGAAGAGCCAAGGAAGUCUAAGGAAGAGCCAAAGAGCAACCCUUUUGACGACGAAGGGAUGUGGAACAAGAGGCACGAGAAUUCACGCCGGCCGGCUGCUACUGCUGCUUCUACUGCUUCGCCAUCGCCACCCAAGGAGCACGGCGGAAGCGAUGGAGCGACGACCAAGCACAGUGACGAGGCCAAGCAGAGGCGCAGGGACAGAGUCAAGGAGAAGCUCUCCACCAUGUCCGACGACGUGGGUAACUUGGUGAAGCCGCGAUCCAGGAAUCUCAUGGGAGGCAACAACAACCACAACCGGCAGCUUUUGUUUGAGGAGGAUGGAUCCACCAGCGCUGUCAUCCAGAACGAGCAGAGGAAAUUCACGCAGGCUCGGAUCGAGAGGGGCAUCAAAGCUGGCGAUUCUCUGGAGGGCGAGAGCGUGCAGGAGCUGGAAGAUUACGCCGUUCAAAAGGCCGAGGAGACCACGGUUGCCACUUACAAAGCUCUCAAGCUUGCCGAGGAGAUCAAGGAGAGCGCUACGAAUACGUCGGUGAUGCUUCACGAGCAGGGUCACCAGAUUACUCGCACUCACGAAACUGCUGUAGACAUCGAUCACGCACUUAGCCGGGGUGAGAAGCUCCUCGGCAGUCUUGGAGGCCUCUUUUCGAAGACCUGGAAGCCAAAGAAGGCUCGCAACAUAACGGGACCGAUGCUUUCUCGAGGAGAUUCGUUCAAGAGAAAAGCCUACGGUAUGGAGCAAAGAGCCGCUUUGGGAUUGAACCGGAGUAACUCCAAAGGCAAGACUCGCCACACGGCAGCCGUUGCCGACUCGUCGGGAUCUCAAGCUCAGACUCGCAUCACGAAUGAGUUUGCGAAGCAGGACGAAGCGCUGUCGGACUUGAGCAACGUUCUUGGCCAGCUCAAAGAGAUGACUAUAGACAUGGGAUCGGAGAUAGGACGCCAAACCGAUGCUCUCGGUCACCUCGAGGACGAUGUUGGCGAGCUUGGCAGCCGUGUCAGGGGUGCCAACGAAAGAGGCCGGAGGCUACUGGGAAGAUAAGUCGAGAGAAGUACUCGCUAACUCUAUGUACAUACAAGGAUUGAUCGAAUAAUUCACGCGUUACUCUUUGUGCCA